AUCAUCCACCAAAAAUAUUUUGCUUCCUUUAUUUGUUCUGUUAAAUCAUAUCAUUCUUCUUGAAUAUGGCUCCAAACCCACAAUCAUCCACUCAUGAGCAGACGUUUGGCCAAACCAUCCAUGCCAGAGUUCGCCUUUCUGUCAAAACCGACGUGCCACACCUCCACAAACUCAUGCAACAAAUGGCCUCGUACCAUGACUACACUAAGGUUUUUACAUCAACCCAAACCUCAAUCUCCACUAACCUCUUCGACUCCAAUCCUUGUCCUCCUUUCUAUUCUGCCACAGCGCUCAUUCUUGAGGUCUCCCCUAACUCUUUCCCGCCCGCCGUCCUCCCGGUCGGUUUCGACCCGGUUUACAAGACAUUGCAUCUUGGCUCUGCCAUCGCAGACCCAGAAUCAGAAACCUAUGAAUCGCAGGAAGGUGAUGAUAACGUUGUUGUUGCUGGUUAUAUUCUUUUUUAUCCUAGCUACUCGGGGUACUUCGAAAAACCCAGCAUCUUCAUGGAGAACUUGUACGUGAGAGAGUGUUAUAGGGAGUUUGGGCUUGGAAAAAUGCUGUUCUCGGCCAUGGCAGCGAGGGCUGCAACCCUAGGGUUUUCGACUGCGGAUUGGUUGGUGGUGGGAUGGAACGUGAAGGCGAUAGAGUUUUACGUGGGAAUGGGGGGUCAAAUCAUGCAAGAUGUUAAGAGGUUUAGGUUGUCAGGUGAAGGGCUUAAAGCAUUUGCCAAAGAGCAAGAUGAACAAUAAAAUGAUGCAUGCAAGUAUUUAACAAAAAUACAUAUAUUUAUUUUGCCCUAAAAGAGGUGGCCAAAUUAGUGAUGCAAGAUUCUCGUAUAAAAAGUUACAAGUUUGGUUCCGGCCUGUCAAGAUUGUCUUAAUCUAUUCCAUGGCAUGGAGCCUCAGUGCACACACCAUUUGAUAGUAGUUGCAAAUUGUGUGUGUGUGUGUUUAUAUAUAUAAUGUAAACUAUAUACUAUUCA